AUGGCGGCGAGGUCAGGGAAGCUGUUCCGCAGCAACAUUUUCGCGGGGUCGGAGGUGGAGAUCGAUCCGGAGAGUGUUUUCGAAUUCGAGGAGUCCGACGUGGUCUGGUCGUCGUCGGGCGACGGCGGCGCCAAUCACUACCGGUCGAGAUCGAAGGGCGGCGGCAACAAGAGACUGCCGGCGGCGGCGGCGGCGGCGGGGCUCAGAUCAGCGGCGGUGCCGACGAGCGCGUCGCUGCCGCUGAACAUACCGGACUGGUCGAAGAUUUACAAGGAGGAGAGCUACGGUGGGCGGCGGCGGAGGAGGGCGGCGGAGGUGGAUAUUAGUAUGAGCGAGUUAGGCGAUCAUCUGGAGGAGGAGGAGGAGGAGGACAGCGACGAUUACGAGGAGGAGGAGGAGGAGUGGGCGUCGGGCGGAGGAGCGGAGAGGCUUCCGCCGCACGAGUAUUUGGCGCGGCGGCGAGGGGCGUCGUUGUCGGUUCAUGAAGGGGCGGGGAGGACUCUGAAAGGGAGGGAUUUGAGGCAGGUCAGAAAUGCGGUUUGGAAGAAGGUCGGGUUUGAAGAUUAA